AUGAACCCCGUGGUGGGUGUGGUGGGCGUCUUCAACCUGCAGGGCGCCAGCUGGGACCGCGUCCGCCGCAAGUUCCUGGUGCACGAGCGCUACCCUGCUGAGCUGGCGACGACGGUUGCGCCACUGGACGUCGAGCCGUUCAGGGCCGCGGCAGAGGAGGCGGCCGCAGAGGUGGCGCAUCUGGCGUUUGCGUCGGACGGCGGGGAGGAGGCCGAGGGCGAGGGGCGGCGGCGGGACGGCGGCAACGGGGCCGGCGGCGGCGGCGGUGUUGAGGAGGGGGGCGGCGACGCGCGGCGGCCGCUGCUGCAGCAGCGGUCGGGCGGCGGCAACGGCGGCGGCGGCGCGGCGGACGCGGGGAGCGCUGCGUAUGCGUGCUACCAGUACACCAGCCGCCGCCUGCGGCUGCUGCCGGCGGCGUCGUCCGCAGUGGCGGUCGGGCUGCCUGCGGCGGGGUCCGACAUGCUGUGGUUCUCCCCCGUGCUGCGCUGCGGCGACGUGGCGCUGGCGCCGCUGGGGCUGGUGGAUAUGUACAACGGCGGCGGCGCGAUCACCUCGGUAGAGCUCAAGAGCGGCGGCCCCGCGGCCGCUGCUGCUGCGGCGGCGCGGCGGCAGCCGCCGGGCGGCGGCAGCGAGGAGGUGGCGCGGCGGCAGGAGGCGGGGGGCAACGGCGCGGCGCCCGCCCUCGGCAGCGGCGGCGGGCCGGCGGUGGUGGCGAGCGUGGGCGUGCGGGGCUGCGGGCGGCUGCUGCUGUACUGCAGCGCGCGGCCAGGCCACGUGUGGGUCAAUAUGGCGCCACGGGACUUCACUUACGAGCCCUACUCGGGCCGCCUGGAGGUGGACGUGCCCCAGUCCUCGGAGGGCAUGGCCGCUGAGCUGGAGGUCAUGUUCUGA